GCAAUGGGCACUCCUGAGAGGAUAACGAUGCACUGUGGAGGAGAUUAUGUUGAUAGACAGGAAAAUGGGUGGGUAUGAUUUGCUUGACUCAAGGUACAGACAACAGCAGUGUAGCAGGCUACCUUAUAGCUGCAGAAGUCUGGAUUUGACUAUAGAAAACUUGCCUUCUCCAAGUGCAGUUCUCAAAUCUUUCUCUUGUUCAAUACAAUCUAGGUAAAUAGACUCUCCUACAAGUAUAUACAUGACAGUAUGCUCAGUCCAACCUCAAACCUUUAAUGCAGAACUCUGCAGCUGAGUUUGGGAUGCCUGAGGUGGCACACAAGUAGAUUUAGAUUAGAUAUUCAGAUAAAAUUCUUCAUUACAAGGGUGGUGAGGUACUGGAACAGGUUGUCCAGAGAUGUUGUGGCUGCCCCACCCCUAGAAGUGUUUAAGGCCAGGUUGGAUGGCGCUUGGAGCAGCCUGGUCUAGUGGAAGAUGUCCCUGCCCAUGGCAGGGGAUUGGAACUGGAUGAGCUUUAAGAUCCUUUCUUAUUCAAACCAUUUUGUGAUUCUAUCUGUGUGCUGCUUAAGCAAUCAGUGGCCAUUCUUCCCCUUCCCUGAUUAGUAAAGGAACCAUUUGUAAAAUCCAUAAACGUGAAUAAAUCCAACAUUUUGUUACGAUCUGAUACACAUUGCAGUUUUCUUAAAAUAUCUUUCUUUCUAGUCCUGUGUUUUGCCGUGUCCUGAUGCAUUUCAGAAACCAAUUAAGGAAGCCACUAAUGGAAGCAAAGCAUGCUUUUAAGUUGAUAUCAAAGGCCCCAGACAAAACUGUCUCCAUAGGUCAGUCCACAAACUAAGUUAAAUGACUUGGUUUUGUCCUUUAACCAAUGCUGAUCUCGUGUAACAUCUCACAUCCUCACACUGGUACAAAACAGUGAAGGGCAGAACUAAGCACAGAAAAAGAUAGGCCAUCCUCCUGCUCACAGAGCUGCUUCCAGCUCCCUGGAGUUCAGGCAUACUAGUAGGAGAAGGGAUGGACACAGGUGCCACCGCAGCUUGUCUGGCAGGUGCCAAAAGAAUAACUUGCUGUAAGAGCACUUCUAUGCUUCUGUCAAAAGCACAGGUGGUAUUUCCUAGUUUGUUUUGAAGUAAGCUCCCAGAGCUACUUGACAUUUUCUGUUUCUCUAAUCAUUUAAGCUAGGUAGAAGCACUGUUGUAGCCUACUUCAGUCAUCAAGAUGAGGUUGCUGCACUCCUGCGUCAGAACUGUUGCUGUUACUCUGUUAAAGGUAUAAGAAGGAUUUUGAGGUUUCACACAGAAAGUGAUGCACUGAUAUGUCACCAUUCACUGUGCUUUGAGUUCAUGGACAGUGGUAUAAUUUAGCCUUGAAAAAACCCACAAGUCAGAAGACUUAACUGCAGUGAUGACUCAGCUACCCACAAAUGAAAGAUUAAAGUGGGAGCUGCUGUUCAGCGUCAUUCACUCAAUAGAGCUAGUGGGAAAGCUCAGGAUCUGUGUGACACACGUCAGAAACAUGCAAACUAGAAGGAGAAACGCAACAAACAUUUCCACUGUAUUAUUUCAGUUAAAUGGCUGUUGACAUGCUGCUUUGGUGGAUAACUGAGAACUCCUUCCCUCGUUCCUACUUUAAGACUCGUUUCAUCAUGACCUCUUUUGAAGAAGUUGAAACUGAAGAAACAGUAACAUGUCUCCACAUGACCUUUUACCAUCCUUGUCAAGAAGACAAAAUGAUGUUUCGUUGCUUGAAUUUCUGUAAGUGAGAACAGGUCAGGGCAGGUGAAAUGACCAAGUUUGGCCGGGAUUCUAAUGUCUGCCAUUACAACUUCAUGGAUGCUCGAGUUUCUCGAAUUCAGUUCUCCUUGCAGUUGUACAGGAAACUGAAGAGCGCAGAACUUUGUUUUGAGAUAAAGAACAUGAGCAAGAAAACUAACCUGAUCAUGGACCAAACAGAACUGGGUUACUUAAACAAAAUUGACCUGCCAUGGAAGUGCAUCAUUUGUUUUGGGGACUACCAGAUUUUAGCAGAGCCUCAAGAAGGGGAGUCCAUGGAUUAUUUUGAGACUCACUUACACUUGGCUCAGGCGCCCAUCUAACAAGAAAGAUGCCUGCCAUCACUGCAACCUGUACUAGAAAAUGGCAUUUCUUCUUCUAUGUUUCCUUCACACAGCAAAAGCACCAUAGAGAUUGAUGAAAAUUAGUCAUGCUAG